CGGUCAAGUCUUAUUCAGGUUAUCAUAAAGGGGGUGGUUUAUAUCAAGUUUCAACUGGCGUAUGUUACACAAUUGUUUAAACAGAACUAUUAUUUGUAACGAAACGGUAGUAUGAUGAAGCUCAUAGUUCUUUUUAUUACAGCAGCAAUUUUCCUUAAUCGAUGUAAUGGAGACGAAGACGAGUGUAAAAAGAAAACCUCACACUUGGCACCGAUCAGGCUUAAAAAUGACAUACUCUGCGAUUACACAUCGAAUGUGAGGCCAAUUUUCAAUCAUACCAAUGCGACUGUUGUCACUGUCAAAAUGAUACUGAAGUUCUUUACAUACGAUAUGCACACUAACUCUCUGUCGGUACACAACUGGUUGAGCAUUUUUUGGAGGGAUGAUCAUUUAAAAUGGAAACCGUCGGAUUACGAAAACAUCAAACAAAUCCACCUAUCAAACUAUGAAAUUUGGACUCCAGACCUCUCGAUUUACAACAGCAAUGAUUUAUCAUCUCAUCCGUCUGCACUAAGCUCUGUCGAUUGCUUAGUUGUGAGCACUGGAUUGGUAGUUUGCGUGAAUCCAAGCAGGCAUGAUGCGCUUUGUAUGGCAGAUUUAACAAAAUUUCCUUUUGAUAAACAAAACUGUUCUCUGAGAUAUGGUUCUUGGGUUCACAGUGGGGAGGAGAUCGAUUUUAAAAUACCUGCUAUACCGGUUUCAACUGGUGACUAUAUUCCGAACAGUGAAUGGAAGUUAUUAAGUGUGAGCGUUCAAAAGUUUCCUGGGCAUUAUAACUGUUGCCCAGACAACACUUAUCCUUCUAUUAACUACAGAUUUUCGAUCGAGAGGCAUUCAGCAACUCAAGCUGCUGCUGUAAUAAUUCCCAGUCUCGUGCUAAUCAUAAUAACAUUGACGACACUAUGGAUGAAUCCCCAAGAGUUAGACAGAUUAUGCCUAGCAUGUUGUAACCUUAUUGCUCACACUAUACACAUACAAAUGAUUGUUUGGCAGCUACCGUCGACUGGUGACAAACCACCAUUGUUAAUAGUAUAUUCUCGAGAUUCUCUUUUGCUAUGCACUUUUACAAUUGUAUUGACAGUAGUUUUGAAAGCGAUGACACAAUCGGCUAAACCCAGCCCAGCGUGGAUAUCUACAGUUGUUUCGGGAGUGCUAAGCAACCGGCCUGGGCAAUGGUUUUUAUUAUACGAGUCAAGUUUGAAGAGUAUUGCAACGGGAGUCAAAGAAGAGGAUACAGUAAACAUUAUUGAAAGCAAUGCAGUGUCCAUAAAUAAAGAUUGGAAGCUAUUUGCCAAGCUGUUGGACAGGAUAAGCUUUAUUGGAUUUUUGAUUACUUAUGUUGUUAUGUUCGUAACCUUCAUUGUAUAAAAUUGUGAAUGUCAAAUGGUUUGUUUAAACUUUUGAAUAUUAUGAUCAGAAACUUGAUAUUAUAAGUAGGUAUCUGUACAGCACUUAGUGUACCCACUUAUAGCCUUUAUGUAUACACAUCAAGUAUAGGUAUAGUCCAUUGGUGAAAUUUUUCAAAGCAUUUUUUUGUCUCAAAUAUUGCUUUAACUAAAAACUCAAUUCUUGCGAAUUUGUUGUUUAUUUUGUACAGAAAAGCUUAUGUCUUGCAAUUUCCUUAUGUAUAUAUGGGUCUAGGACACUUCGCCGAAUGCCCACAACGCCAACACGAUUUUUUGAUGGUCCAUAUCGCCGACUAGCGACACUACGCCGAACGUGAGCACAACGCCGAAUGGACACUAAGCCAAGCGUGACCACAACUCCGGCUAUUCGAAAUACCAGGCCUCUCAUAAUCUGUCCAGGUUCAUUAAGAAUUUUUGUAUGAGUUUGCAUUUUAAAAAAAGUUUAAAAAAAUGUCCUAAACCUACAAAUAACCUAUCGUCAAAAGCUGCUUGGUGUUGCACACCGUCUGAACUGUUGUAUGAAUCGACGUUAUGGUCACGUUCGGCUUAGUGUCCCUUGUACACGCUUCUCGACAAUGUGGGCAUGGUCGGCGUAGAGUCCCUAUGUCGGCGAUAUGGACCAUCAAAAAAUCGUGUCGGCGAAGUGUCCCGGCCUGUAUAUAUUCUUUCGAAUGGAUCACAUCAAACAAUUAGACAAAUUUCUCUCAAAAUAUUUAAAAGUUUAGAAUUUGAUACUUAAUUUCGUUCAUUAGAUUAAGGGUGAAAUUCAAAGAUCUUCCUUUAGAAUGACUUACACUUUACUCAUCCUUAACUUGUAAUAUUUUGGUGUUCAAAGAAACAUUUGCUAAAGCAACACAUGCCGCCCAUUAGCGUUAUAGUAGGUAACGCGAGAAA